AUGGUCAGGGAUGGUAAUAGCAUUUUGGCUUUUAGAGACAAUUGGAUUCCCAAUAGUGCUCAACCAUUAUGCUCGGCUUACCCAAAUCCUAAUUUUCUAGUUUCUGAUUUGAUUGAUAAGGACACUAACAGCUGGAAUUUGGAUUUGGUUAAGGCUUAUUUCACUCCUCAGAAUGCGCAGAUCAUUCAAGGUAUUAGAGUCCCUCUUUCGGAUAAUGACAGAUUAAUCUGGCCAUUUUCUAAAAAUGGCCAAUUCAUUGUCAAAACAGCUUACAAGCUUCUGUCUGGACAAUAUGAGUUUAUUCAUAAUCCUCAAAACCAAAACCCUUUAUACAAGUCUCUUUGGAAGCUUCCAGCUCUUCCCAAAGUUCAGUACAAUAACUCUCAUGAUGUGAACUGUAAUUUGUGUGGUACUGUGGUGCCUGAAACUCUUGAGCAUCUCAUUUUACAUUGUCCUUUUGAUCAGGCAGUUUGGUCUUUAACCCAUUUUUAUAAUGAAGUUGCACAGGUUAGAGAUUCAACUUUGAAUCUAAAAGAUUGGGUUGGACAUUGGCUAUCCUCCAAUGCCCUUAAAAAUAAAGUUGUUGUUGUGUUCUCAAUUGGUUGGAGUAUAUGGAAGGAUAGGUGUUCCUUAAUUUUCCAGGGCAAAAACUUACAUCCUAGCACUACGGCGAGAUUAGCUCUUAAGCUUGUGACUGACUCAGAAUCCUAUCUUAGAACUGAACCUGUUGUUCGCAUAACUGCCAAUGAACCUUCAGCUGGAAAUGACCUGAUUUCCUUAGUUUCUUCCUUGCCAGAUGAUUGUAUUAUUAUUUAUAGUGAUGCAUCUUUUGACAUUAAUACUAAUAUGUAG